ACCUGGGGCCGGGCAGGAGUCUGAGGGAAAGUUUGCGGCCUGAGGUAGUGACGGAGGGUACCUACUUGCUGAGAGACAUUGUACUUUGAGAAUCUUAUUCCUAAGGAGGGAGAGGUCAGGCGGGAAGAAAAGGCUGACUGUGAAAAGGACCCUCAGACUUGGUUAUAAAAUAUUAAACAGCGAAAAAAGGAUCCCCAGGAGCCCGGGCCGAGAUGAGUUUAGAGUCCUUGUUUCAGCACAUCAUCCUCGCCGAGCAUCAGGCUGAGGAGAGUCGACGGAUGAUGCGAGAAGUUAGGUCAGAAAUGACCAGAUGUCGUGAAAAAAUUAAGAAAUUAACAGAGGAGCUGAACGAAGAGAAAAUCAAAUUGGAAUUUAAGGUUCAGCAGAGUUCUGAAAAAUCCUCCCGCUUACAGCUUCUAAAAGCGUAUGUAAAUGCCUUAGAAAGACAAUACAGUGAAAUUACAAACCAAAGGAAUGUACUUCUCCAAACCUUUGAAACUACAAAGAAAAAAAUGAUAGACGAGGAAGAAAAAUUCAUUAAGGAAAUUACAGACUUUAAUAAUGAGUAUGAAAUAACAAAGAAAAGAGAGCUUUUGAUGAAACAAAGUGUCAAGAUUGAAGUAUUUGACUUAGAAAACCAGGCAAACAUUUUGAAAAAAGAAAUAAAGUCCAUGGAACAUGACAAUGGCCAAUUAAAUGAACUUCAAAAACAAAAGAGUGAAUUGAUGCAAGAAUUACUUACUCUCCAAAGUAAACUUAAAGUUCUUAAAGAUGAAGAGAAAGAAGCAAUUUGUGCUACGAAAUAUCUAGAGGCAGAAAGAAUAAAGGUCAAUGAAAAGCCUCAAAAUGAUGCUGAAUGCUUAAGACUUAAGAAAGAAUUAGAACUUUAUAAGGAAGACGACAUGGAAAGUGUUUAUGAAACUCUCCAAACAGAAAUAGAAUUUUUAGAGAUGACAUUGGCACAGAAAAAUCUUCAGAAAAACAACUUUUCAAAAAUUAGUGACCCAUCUGAGACUUGAUCAAAGCAUCUUAGAGUCAAAUUGUGAUGGAUACAUGAAUGGUACCCAUUACAACAGAUUCAUGUGGAAAACAUGAGGUCCAGAAUAUUCAGAGAUGUUCAUAGCAACAAUUAGUUUAUUGCCACAUCACAACAAUAAUGUUUCUGUCUUGUUGCUCUCUAUAACUCAAAAAGUUUUGUAUGGUAUGAUUUUGUUUCUAAAUGGAGAGAAGGGAGAAGUAGAUAUUGUUUUCCCAGGCUUAUAUUCCCCUGACUCUUAAGCCAAUCUAUUCUUUCCAAUCUAUAUUUUUCAUUCUUUAUUGAAGCUUACCUCAGACUUAGUCAAACACACAUAGAAAGAAAUGCUCAGAUUAUUGAAUCAUUUUUGGUACCAUUUUAACUUAA